AUGAAAACAUCACAACUCUUUAUUAAACCAAAAUUAAUUUUCGGAAAGAAUUUUUCAUCAUGUCAACAACUUUUUAAAACAACAAUAUCACAACAAUCCAUUAGAUGUUUUUCAACAAGAAAUUUACAAUUGGAACAACAAAAUAAGCCUUCCAUUGAUAAAAUUUUACAAAAGGAUUUUCCAUCAUCAAAGAAGGAGGCAACAAUAGUAAAUCAACCACCAAGAGAGACACUUUCAUCGUUUUUUAAAUCACCAUUUCUCAAGAGGGAUAAUGAACAAGAGGAAUAUCUUGGACCAAUUCGUGAAAUGAUUUCUGUGAGUAUGAAGGAAGUUCCUACAGGAGCACUUAUUGCUACAGGUGUUGCUAUUUUACCAGUUAUGGUUGGUGCUGCAUCCUUCUAUUUUUCAUCACUUCCUGCCUAUGUUUUGUUUGGAUAUCAACUCAAUUAUUCUUCUACAUUGUUAACAUUGUUGGGUGCUUCACAUUUGGGAUUUUUGUUUGCUGAUUAUGUGCAUCCAGCAAAAUUCAAGUCUUACAUCAUGUCACAAAAUACUAAUUUUGAUCCAACAACAGCAGCAAAACAAGAGGAAGUGGAUAUUAGCAAGGAAUUGGAAAAGAGAAAAACAGCCCAUACUGUUAUGAGAUUUGUUCUCUUCUCGUUUUGUCAAUUGGUUGCCUUCUCUUGUUUGGCACUUCCAGUUGUUAAAUCCUCAUUAUUAUUGGCUGGUACAUUUUCAAUCUUGUCAUAUUAUGAUGCUGUAAUGACAAGUCGUGGUUUGGCUCCAAACUGGUUCACUUCACUCAAGGUGCCAAUCACCAUCGUCCUUGUUGCCACAAUUCUUUCAUCAUUAUUCUUCUAUCUGAUUUAUGGAGCUAUGGAACAAUUUGAUGAAGAUACCGAAAAGGAAUUACAAAAAUUCGAAGAUUCACGAAAGAAGGGAGGUUUGAGAGAAACUAUCAACUUUGUUGAAGAAGCCAAAGCAAAGAAGGAACACCUUGUUCAACUCUCAGAACAAAAGCAAAAACUUUUGGAAGGAGUCAAGAAGGAAUAAAAGAUUUUUGACUUUACUGAU